GAUGAAAUUGAAGGAAGGGUCGUUUCUGUGGUACCUCUAUCUGGACAAAAUAUACUGCUUACUGUCUGUGAGGAACGUGAAGGCCUUGGUGGAAUAUUUUCACAUUCUUGAUGUGCACAGCAAGAACACCUUGAACGAUGUGGUGUUCUAUCACUUCCUUCAUCAUGUGACUGACCUGAAAAAACCGCAGAUCAAGACUGUAUUUGACAUGCUGGACUGGAACGCUGUGGGCGAGAUUGGCUUUGACCAGUUCUACAUGUUGGUGUGCAUACUGCUGGCCCACCAGAACCAUUUGGAAGGGCAGUUUAUCUAUCGCCAUUCUCGGCCUGUUUUUGACCUGCUUGACACGGAUGGGGAACUGAGAAUUGGUGAAUCCACAUUCCAAACUUUCAGAUUUCUCUUCAAUAUUAAAAGACACCAUCUCAGAGAGCUCUUCCAUGACUUUGACAUCACAGGUGACCGUCGUCUUAAUUACAAAGAAUUUAAGCUGUAUACUAUCUUCUCUAUUGACAAAUCCCUGGAGAGGCAGAAAGCAGAGAAAGAGAGAGAGAAAGAGAAAAACUCUGGUCUUGAAAAUGCCUCAUCAAAUUUCUAUGAGCGAAGAAUGACUCUUGGAAAAUAA